GGAACGCGCUCUGUGAUUGGUUGAACCACUUCCUGUUUCCUGUCGUCCAUACAUACACGUGAAGGUCAGCAAUAGAGCCAUAAGGCAUUCAUAAUUUGAAAAAUAUUGCUCUUUCGAACACUUUUUAGCAAAAUAUGAACGGCCAGGGAGCGACCGCCGACCCUCAGCUUCAGCAAUUCAUCGAAAUCGAGUCUCAAAAACAACGAUUUCAACAGCUGGUGCAUCAAAUGACUGAGGUUUGCUGGGAGAAAUGUAUGGAUAAACCCGGACCAAAGAUGGACUCAAGGACAGAUACGUGCUUUGUAUACUGCGUGGAGCGAUUUAUUGACACCAGCCAGUUCAUCCUAAACAGGCUGGAACAGACUCAGAAGAGCAAGGGUCCAUUCUCUGAGACCAUAUCAGACUAAAAACUGUCACUGAAAGGACUGACAAGACACAUGCACACAGCCCCUCCUCCAAGAUGAAGCUGUUUUGUCCUGACACAGUAGUCUGUAAAGAAGUGUCCCUUCAACUGGAAAACAACAUUGUUCCUUUUGAUACAAGUGCCUCAAAUUAACACGAUUUAUGGAUGCAGAAGUCGAGGGCGUCCUCCAGAGUGUGAUAUGAGUGUUGCAAAAUGCCUAGAUUGUGGUUUGUUACUAGCAAUGACCUCCAUGUUUGUUUGUCAAGUAACUACUGGUCAAACUGAGCUUGAAUGUGUUAAUAUCCACUGCUGUUAACUAGUGGGUGAAGUUUAGGGGACUGCAGAAAGAUGGACACAUCUGGGACAUUCAGCUUCAGGCAGCUGUUUUUGACAGCCACAAGUACUUCACCACACACGCUGAAAUUUAAGAGUACUAACCGAUUUCUUAACUGAAGAGAAGAGGCGUGAGGUUCUGGACUGUACAUAUGCAAUAAACAAUGCCAAAUAAUUCUGUCUCUUUUGGAAAAGUGUAGUCAAGUCACAUUGUAGUUUUGUUUUAAUCAUCAAACACACAAAAAUGUUACAGUUACAUCAGGUAUGUUACAGCUUGGCACAUUUUGGGAAUUAUUCCACACAGGGAAAAAACAUUCUUUGGUGCAGUUUGUAAAUAUGCGAUAUGUCUUAUAUGAUAUUACUGAGUUAUUACUCAAACUUGAUUGAAAUACAUUCAGGCAAAUAUUUUUUUUGCCUUCACACUGGUCACAAAUCGUACAUUUGUACAAUAUAUGCUGGAGUUAAAAGUGCAAACCUACAAAUAAGGUUAUUGUUUUCAGUAACAAGGCAUAAUCUGUCAUAUGCAGACUAAUAUUACACCAAUUAUUUUUUGUAACUUAAUAUAGGCCUACUGUAAAAAAAAAAAAAUGUAAACAGCAGUGCAACAAACAUUCACAAUGAUAAAUUAUACUUCAGAUUUUUUAACUAAAGAGGUCAAUGUACUACAAUGUUGCAACUAAAAAUGUAAAUGUAAUAUUAAAUUAACAUGCUUACUUUAGGCAUCUUUGUUCAUCCAGUGCUGCAUUGUGUAAGACUCAAAAGUCAGAUUUAUUAAACUAACGUUGUACACACA